AUGUACUUAAUUGGAAAAGAUGAGAUUUGGUUUGAUGGUUAUAUAGCCCAAAAGCAUAAGGUGAACUGGCAUAAGUUUACAACAGAUAUAUGUCAUAGAUUUGGUGAUCAGAAUUUUAAUGACAUCGUGGAGGAGUUUAACAAGCUGAUUCAAAAGAACUCUGUAGAAGAUUAUCAUGAGAAACUUGAGGAGUUGAGAUCUUAUAUGUUGCAGUACAGCCCAUUCUUGGAGGAAGGGUAUUUUGUUUCUAUUUUUUUGAGUGGGCUGAAAGAAGAAAUUAAGCACAGAGUGAAAGGUCAUAAUCCAACAACUCUGGCUGCUGCUUUUAGAUUAGCAAAAUUGGUUGAGUUGACUUGGGAGGUGGAAAAUAAGAAGUUGAGGUUUCAACCUAGAGUGGCAUCUGCAGAACAAAAUUCCAUAUAUAAAUCUAUUAAUACCAACUUGAAUCAACCACAAAAGAUAGUUCCUCAGAAUAGACAGUGUUUAGUGGAGUAUAGAAGAACACAUGGACUGUGUUACAAAUGUGAAUAUAAUGAGCCUAAGGGAGCAGAUUCUGGAGAGAGAGAACUGGAAAUAUCUAUAAAUGCAAUAACAGGUAACACGGGCUAUAAUACCUUAAGGAUACAAGGUCACAUAUCAGGAAAACCACUUAACAUCCUAAUAGACAGUGGAAGCACUCAUAGUUUCAUAACUGGGCAGUGGUCUAAAGAAGGAGUAGAAGUGGAGCAGACUCAUCCUUUAACUAUUACAGUUGCUAAUGGAGAAAAAUUAUACAGUUCAGCUAUGAGUAAAAAUUUAAGGUGGGGAAUGCAAGGUUCUCAAUUUGAACAUGAUUUCAGAGUUUUAGCUCUGGAAUGGAGUGAUAUGGUGUUAGGGGUGGAUUGGUUGAGAAAAUAUAGUCCACUGUUGAUGGAUUUUAAUCAUAUGACUCUGAGCUUUCAGAAAGAUGGGAAAGAUGUUAUCUUAAAAGGAAGGCAGAAUUCCUCUAAUGUUAGAUUGAUAUCAAACAGUAAACUGCAGAAAUUGAUGGAAAAACACAAUGAUUUAACAGGAGAAAUAUUUAUGUUGAGUGGAGAGAAUAAUCCUAAUGUGGUACCUGCUGAGUUACAAGAUUUAUUGGAGGAAUAUUUAGUUGUUUUUGAAGAACCAAAAGGGAUGUCACCUUCAAGAGAACAUGACCACUCAAUUAUCUUAAAAGAGGGUACAGAGGCAGUAAACAUCAGACCCUAUAGGAUGCCUUACCAUCAGAAGUCAGAGGUUGAAAAGCAAUUUAAAGAAAUGUUAUCUUCUUCUAUAAUUCAGAGAAGUAAAAGCCCCUUUGCCUCACCUUGUUUGUUGGUUAAGAAGAAAGAUGGGAGUUGGAGGGUGUGUAUAGAUUAUAGACAACUAAAUGCUCUGACUAUAAAGAAUAAGUUUCCAAUUCCAAUGGUGGAAGACUUGUUAGAUGAAUUGAAGGGAGCAUCAUACUUCUCUAAACUGGAUUUAAGGUCAGGGUAUUGGCAAAUCAGAAUCAACCCUGAUGAUAUUCCAAAAACAGCCUUUAGAACUCACCAUGGCCAUUUUGAGUUCAAGGUUAUGCCUUUUGGGCUGACUAAUGCCCCCAGCAACUUUUCAGGCAUUAAUGAACAAAGUAUUUGA